AUGACGGAUUUCGCCUUGCCAGUAUCCAAGCCAAUGCAGUUGCUUCUCCGUCCUGACGACCAUGAUACACAGCCACUUAUGAUGGUUGAACAAAUCAUAAGUUCUCCCGGCUAUUCGCUGAUAAUGGACGUAGAAAAUGUGAAUGUCAGAGCUAACAAAGCCGCACUUAUCAAGUUAUACACAGAAUCUUGGCCUAUUACAAUAUUUGCAUUUGUGUUCACUGGAAUCUCUGGAAUGGUCAUAUGGAUCCUGGAAACGCACUUCAACGAUGAGGAAUUUCCCCGUUCAUUUGUAAAGGGUUCCUAUGAAGGCUUUUGGUGGGCCUUUGUUACCAUGACAACAGUUGGUUACGGAGAUAAAACUCCCAAAUUUAUUUUGGGUCGCGUAUUUGGAGUGUUCUGGAUUAUGUUUGGUUUGAUCGUCGUUGCUGUCUUUACAGCUACAGCCACCAGUGCACUUAGUACAAGCAUAGAUAGCUUCGUAGGAGUUGAGGGAAAUAAGAUUGGUGUGUUGAAUAGCACGUCGGCAGAGUUUGAGGCCAGAAAAAAAGGAGCAUUUGUCGAGAGUAAGCCUUAA